GAGAUAAGUUGCGAUAGGAAAGCUGGAGGUGAAGAAGCCGUCACACCACACUCCAGGACACGAAUCGGACUUCAGACAACCUGCCCGCCAUGUCGCGCAAAGAAGUCGAUUCGCGCAUUCCCGCGCUCAUUCGAAACAACCUCCAGGAAAAGAAGCGAUCCUUCUUCGUCAUCGUCGGCGACCAUGCCAAAGAUGCCAUCGUCAAGCUGCACUACAUCAUGUCCCAGGCCGACCUGAAGCAAAACAAGUCAGUGCUCUGGGCCUACAAGAAGAAGCUCCUCGGCUUCUCCAGCCACCGCGCCAAGCGCGAGAAGAAGAUCAAGAAGGAGAUCAACCGCGGCGCCAGAGAGGCCAACGAUGCCGACGCCUUCGAACUCUUCGUCACCCUCAACAAGAUCAACUACGUCUACUACAAGGAGUCCGAGAAGGUCCUCGGUCAGACCUUUGGCAUGUGCGUCCUGCAGGACUUCGAGGGAAUCACCCCCAACCUGCUGGCCAAGACCAUCGAGACCGUCGAGGGGGGAGGGCUCGUCAUCCUCCUGCUCAAGGGCAUGAACAGCUUGAAGCAGCUCUACGCCAUGAGCAUGGACAUCCACUCCCGCUAUCGCACCGAGGCCCACCAGGACGUCGUGCCCCGAUUCAACGAACGCUUCAUCCUCUCCCUCGGCUCUUGCGAGUCAUGCUUGGUCAUCGACGAUGAGCUCAACGUCCUGCCCAUCUCCGGCGCCAAGAGCGUCAAGGCAUUGCCCGUCAACAUUGAGAAGCCCAAGACACCUGCCCAGCUGGAGUUGGAAACCAUCAAGGAAUCCCACGAACAGGAACGCCCCCUCGGAGACCUUCUCAAGAUCGCCAGGACCGUCGAUCAAGGCAAGGCCCUUCUCACCUUUGUCGAGGCUAUCUCCGAGAAGACCCUGCGGAACACCGUCACCCUGACCGCUGCCCGAGGUCGAGGAAAGUCUGCCGCCAUGGGUGUCGCCGUUGCCGCUGCCGUCGCUUACGGCUACUCCAACAUCUUCAUCACCUCUCCGUCUCCGGAGAACCUGAAGACUCUGUUUGAGUUCAUUUUCAAGGGCUUCGACCAGCUUGGAUAUGUCGAUCAUGCCGAUUACAGCAUCAUCCAGUCCACCAACCCCGAUUUCAACAAGGCCAUCGUUCGAGUCAACAUUCACCGAAGCCACCGCCAGACCAUUCAGUAUAUCCGCCCCCAAGACGCCCACGUGCUUGGACAAGCCGAGUUGGUCGUUAUUGAUGAGGCUGCUGCCAUUCCCCUCCCCUUGGUGAAGAAGCUUUUGGGCCCCUACCUUGUCUUCAUGGCAUCUACCAUUAAUGGCUAUGAAGGUACCGGUCGAUCUCUGUCGUUGAAGCUCAUCAAACAGUUGCGAGAGGAGUCUACUGGUGCCGUCGCCGCAAACGGCACCGUCGUUGCUGAUAGAUCAACUGGUAAGGAGGCCAAGAACGCAGAGACGGGCCUGAGUGUGAAGCGUCUGCGAGAGAUCACACUCUCCGAACCUAUUCGUUAUGCCCAGGGCGACAGCGUGGAGAAAUGGCUCAACAACCUUUUGUGUCUGGACGCCACAUUGCCCCGAUCCAAGACCAACGCCCAAGGCUGCCCCGACCCGUCGCAGUGCGAGCUCCUCAAGGUCAACCGCGACACCUUGUUCUCUUUCCACCCUGUUUCCGAGAAGUUCUUGCAGCAGCUGGUUGCCUUGUAUGUCGCUAGCCACUACAAGAACUCGCCGGAUGAUCUCCAACUUCUCAGUGAUGCCCCCGCUCACGAGCUGUACGUCUUGACGGCACCGGCGGCCGGCAGCAACCGUCUACCCGAGCCUUUGUGCGUGAUCCAAGUGGCGUUGGAAGGUAAAAUCAGCAGGCAGAGUGUGUUGAACAGUCUCGACCGAGGAACGAGGCCGGCCGGUGAUCUAAUUCCUUGGCUUGUCAGCCAACAAUUUUGCGACAGGGAAUUCCCUUCGCUUUCAGGUGCAAGAGUGGUGCGGAUAGCGACAAACCCCGACUAUGCUGGCAUGGGAUAUGGUUCAAAAGCUUUGGAACUCCUGUUCGACUUCUACGAGGGAAGGUUUGCAGAUCUGUCCGAAGGCGAUGGCCCGGUAGAGGAAGAGACCAUGGUUCGAGUGACGGAUGCGGAGCUUACUGGUGGCAAGCUUUCCGAUGAGAUCAAGGUGCGGGAUAUCGGAGCCAUGCCCCCACUAUUCUCGAGGCUCUCCCAAGUGCGUCCUGCCGUCCUCGACUAUGUCGGUGUCAGCUAUGGCUUGACACAACCUUUACACAAGUUCUGGAAACGGGUCGGAAUGAGCCCGUUGUACCUCCGCCAGACCAGCAAUGACAUCACUGGAGAGCACACCUGCGUCAUGCUUCGCGCUCUGGAGAGAACAGAGGACCGAAGUUGGCUGGGCUCAUUCACCUCCGAUUUCAACAUACGGUUCUUGGAACUGCUUUCGUACGCUUUCAGGGACUUCAACUCGAUUCUCUGUCUAAGCAUCGACGGAGCCGCAAAGUCGGGUGCGAAGCUGGACGAGUCAAGGGCGCCCGCAUCCUUGACCAAGGCCGGACUUGACAGUUUACUUUCGCCUUACGACCUCAAGCGUUUGGAAUCGUACUGCAACGGCGUCUUGGAUUACCACACUGUUCUCGAUCUAGUUCCGAGACUCGCCAACCUCUAUUUUACCGGAAAGCUGAAGGACAACAUCAGGCUCAGCGGCGUGCAGCAAGCUAUUCUCCUAGCCCUCGGUUUGCAGCGCAAGGACAUCGACGUUAUCUCACAAGAGUUGUCACUGCAGAGCUCGCAACUCCUGGCCAUGUUCAUCAAGAUCACUAAGAAGAUGAUGUCGCACUUCAAUGGUCUUGUUUCAGGUGCCAUCGAGGCCGAAAUGCCCGACGCAAGCUCUAUCGGUGUCAGUGUUGCAAAUGCCAGCGGCGUGCACGACGAUGAGAUGAUUGAUACCCGAUUUGCGCCCCUCGAGACUUCGCUCGAGGACGAGCUGGAGGAAGGUGGCGAUGAAGCGAUGAAGGAGAUCCGGCAGAAGCAGCGAGAGCUGAUUAACUCGCUGCCACUUGAUCAAUAUGAGAUCGAGGGCGAUGCGCCCGGUUGGGAAGAUGCCGAGAAGCAGAUUGCCAAUGCGGCGAAGCAAGGGAAGUCAAGCGCAGUGGUGAGUAUCAAGUCUGGCAAGGCCAAGAGGAAGGAGGGGCCAUCCGCCAGUGAGAUUUAUGAGGAGGCAUUCGGAGACAAGAAGGCUAAGAAGGUCAAGAAGGUCAAGAAGAGCCAUUGAGUAUGAUUGUAUUUCCACAAACUUUGUCAACUAGUAGAAGCUUACAAGCUCGCAUCAUCUGGCGUUCUGGAAUCUGGAAAAAUAAAAAGAUGGACCGGAGUUAGGAGACCGUUAGAUACCAAUCAGAGUAUUAUUGAUUCAUCAA